CUGAAACAUGAUUUGUGACGAGUGACUGAUUUGGCUUGUGUUUGCCACAAAUGAUAACAUCUUGCUUUUCUUGCCCAUAUGUACAGUACUACCAAGCCCACCUGUUAAUGUGACGAUAUCUAUUGUGCGUGGUGAACAGAUUAUUGUCAUCUUUCACUGGGACACCAUGGCAAGUGCACUUCCUACCCAGUACUACAGUAUUCAGGUUAGACGACUACAAACUCCCGGUGUUCCCACAGGUAACACCACGUUUUACGACUGGCACACAUUUGGCACAGUCUAUGGUCCCAAGAAUCGCAUAGCAGUGAGGAACUCAGAUGAAACAGGCUUAUUUGAGGGAAAUUUUGAAGCGCGUAUCAUUUCAGGGAACAAGUAUGGCGAGACAGUGUCAAAGGUUAUGAAAUUUAAUGUUGCUAAAUAUCUUACUGGAGGAUCAUCUAUCAAUCAUCCAAGCAUCAUAAUAUUGAUUAUUUCUGUUUUAUUGAUCCUGAUUAGUUUUGCAUCAUCUUAUGAUGUAGUAAAACUGUAGUACUGUAUAUGCUGGGUUUUAGUAUAUC